AUGCCACGGAAAAAUAAAGAGAAAGUGAAAAAGGGCGAAAGUGGCGGAUUCAUCCCCCAAAAGAGCGACCAUUCGCCGCAAUGCAGCGUUCAAGGCUGUUGCUCCCCUGCUGUUUCUCCUGGAACCAACUGGGACGAAAUGUUCUCUUUGGAAGGGCAAAUCUACACCGAGUUCAUCAAGACUGUUCCGGCGGAUACCUGUACGCUUUGGGAAGUGAUGGAGAUGUACCAGAACAUUUCUGAGGAAGAGAAGGAAAAGUACACCAGAAUGGCGCAGAAUCCCUACACAGAAAUUCUCAAGACCGACCUUCGAGACUUGUUCAAAAUCAAAGACGAAUAUCACCGGAUCCGCCCAGAAGUAGAAGACCUUCGCUUGAAAAAUGAGAGCCUGAUGGAACUCUGUUGCAAAGAUGAGCGAAAGCUGAUCAAACAGUGCCUCGAUUUGAAAAGUGAGAUCAAGUCGUAUUCUUCGGAGAAAGAGCUCACCAUCAAAAUUCAAGAGCAAAAACGUGAAAUUGAAACUCUCCAACAAGAAAAUAUCGAUGCUUUCCGAAAAAUCAAAUCGCUUUCGGACGAUUUCAAAGCCGACACUUCAUUUUACUGGCGAAAUCUUCUUGCACACAACGAAAAAGACAAAAAACGACUAGAGGAGGAAGUAGCUGCAGAGAAACGAACGAACAAGUUGCUUUACAAGAAAAUCGAAGAGCUGCGCGGGUCGAUCAAAAAGUUCGCAAUCAAGGAGGACAAGAUGCAGAAAGAGAUGGAAGAUGUCCAAGCCAGACUUGAGAUCGCGAAGGCUGCCGAUUCAAAGAAUGUCAGCGAUUUGGAGAGACGAAUCGAAGAUCUUGAAUCGUGCUCAAUUUGUUGCAAUGCCUUCGAUGAAGGGGAGUACCAAAAGUAUGCCAAAUUCUGCGGCCAUUUGACUUGCUUAAAGUGCUUCAAGAAAGAUUUGGCUCGACAGCGACAAGAUCCAAAGAAACAAGGCAAGCCCAAAUGUCAUUGUGAAGCAAUUAUCCACGAGUCCAAGGCCAUCCGACUAUACCAAUGA